CGCGGCUCCCGCGCUCGGGUCCCCCCGGCCGAGCUAGGUGAGCACGGACGCCGGCCCUAGGCUGGGGCUCCGGCCCGCCCCCAACUCGUGAGCUGCCUUGCGAGAAGAGACCUGGCCACCAUGCCCCGUAGCCCAACGUCCAGUGAGGACGAGAUGGCCCAGAGCUUCUCUGACUACUCCAUGGGCUCUGAGUCUGACAGUUCCAAGGAAGAGACCAUCUAUGACACCAUCCGGGCCACAGCGGAGAAACCAGGUGGUGUGAGGAUGGAGGAGAGCCAGGGCGACACGCUGGUGAUCCGUGUGGUCAUCCAGGACCUGCAGCAGACGAAGUGCAUCCGCUUUAACCCGGACGCCACAGUGUGGGUGGCCAAGCAGCGGAUCCUGUGCACCCUGAAUCAGGGCCUGAAGGAUGUCCUCAACUACGGACUCUUCCAGCCAGCCAGCAAUGGGCGCGACGGCAAGUUCCUGGACGAGGAGCGGCUGCUGCGCGAGUAUCCCCAGCCUGCCGGACCGGCUGUUCCAUCCCUGGAGUUUCGAUACAAGAAGCGGGUGUACAAACAGUCCAGUCUGGAUGAGAAGCAGCUGGCCAAGCUCCACACGAAGACCAAUCUGAAGAAGUUCAUGGAUCAUACCCAGCAUCGGUCUGUGGAGAAGCUGGUCAAGCUGCUGGACCGGGGCCUGGAUCCCAAUUUCCAUGACCUGGAGACUGGAGAGACUCCCCUGACCCUGGCUGCCCAGCUAGACGACUCCAUGGAGGUCAUCAAAGCCCUCCGAAAUGGCGGGGCUCACCUGGACUUCCGCGCCAAGGAUGGGAUGACAGCCCUGCACAAAGCCGCCCGAGCCAGGAACCAGGUUGCGCUGAAGACCUUGUUAGAGCUUGGUGCCUCCCCGGAUUACAAGGAUAGCUACGGUCUCACGCCACUCUACCACACAGCCAUUGUGGGGGGCGACCCCUACUGCUGCGAGCUGCUGCUACACGAGCAUGCCACCGUGUGCUGCAAGGACGAGAAUGGCUGGCACGAGAUCCACCAGGCCUGCAGGUAUGGACACGUGCAGCACCUGGAGCACCUGCUCUUCUACGGCGCGGACAUGGGUGCCCAGAAUGCCUCGGGGAACACGGCCCUGCACAUCUGCGCCCUCUACAACCAGGACAGCUGUGCAAGAGUACUCCUAUUUCGGGGUGGAAAUAAGGAGUUGAAAAACUACAACAGCCAGACGCCGUUUCAGGUGGCGAUCAUAGCAGGCAACUUUGAGCUGGCAGAAUACAUCAAAAACCACAAGGAGACAGACAUCGUGCCCUUCCGAGAGGCUCCGGCCUACUCCAACCGCAGGCGGCGGCCUCCAAACACACUGGCAGCGCCCCGGGUCCUGCUGCGCUCCAACAGUGACAACAACCUCCAUGCUGGUGCACCUGAAUGGGCCGUCUGCUCCGCAGCCACCUCCCACCGCAGCCUCUCACCCCAGCUGCUGCAGCAGGUGCCCAGCAAGCCUGAUGGAGCUGUGAAGAGCAUCCCGAGCUAUGUCCCUGGGCCCCGCAGCCGCUCACCGUCCCUCAACAGGCUCGGUGGCACAGGCGACGAUGGGAAGAGGCCCCAGCCACAUUGGCACGUGGGGCCACCCCUUGCUUCUGGUGCCAACAAGGGCUCCCUCUCAGCCUUUGAGUACCCGGGGCCCAAGCGGAAACUCUACAGCGCAGUGCCUGGGAGACUCUUCGUUGUCGUCAAGCCAUACCAACCCCAAGUCGAUGGCGAGAUCCCCCUUCACCGUGGUGACAGGGUCAAAGUUCUGAGCAUCGGCGAAGGGGGCUUCUGGGAAGGCAGCGCCCGCGGCCACAUCGGGUGGUUUCCAGCUGAGUGUGUGGAGGAGGUGCAGUGUAAGCCCAAGGAUGGCCAAGCAGAAACCCGUGCGGACCGCAGCAAGAAGCUCUUCAGGCACUAUACUGUGGGCUCCUACGACAGCCUCGAUGCAUCCGGUGACUGCAUCAUUGAGGAGAAGACGGUGGUCCUGCAGAAGAAGGACAAUGAGGGCUUCGGGUUUGUGCUCCGAGGGGCGAAAGCCGACACCCCCAUUGAAGAGUUCACACCAACACCGGCAUUCCCAGCCCUACAGUACCUGGAAUCUGUGGAUGAAGGCGGGGUGGCAUGGCAAGCCGGACUAAGGACUGGGGACUUCUUGAUUGAGGUUAACAACGAGAAUGUUGUCAAAGUGGGUCACAGGCAGGUGGUGAACAUGAUCCGCCAGGGAGGGAAUCACCUCGUCCUUAAGGUCGUCACGGUGACCAGGAAUUUGGACCCUGAUGACACUGCGAGGAAGAAAGCUCCCCCACCUCCGAAGCGGGCGCCAACCACGGCCCUCACCCUGCGCUCCAAGUCCAUGACCGCAGAGCUGGAGGAGCUUGAUAAACCAGAAGAAAUAGUUCCGGCCCCAAAACCUUCCCGGACUGCUGAGAAUGUGGCUGUGGAGUCAAGGGUGGCAACCAUCAAGCAGCGGCCUACCAGCCGGUGUUUUCCAGCGGUCUCAGAUAUGAAUUCCGUGUAUGAACGCCAAGGGAUCGCUGUGAUGACACCCACUGUUCCUGGGAGCCCAAAAGGCCCAUUUCUGGGCCUCCCUCGAGGUACGAUGCGAAGGCAGAAAUCGAUAGGAAUAACAGAAGAAGAACGACAAUUUCUGGCUCCUCCGAUGCUAAAAUUCACCAGAAGCCUGUCCAUGCCAGACACCUCUGAGGAUAUCCCCCCUCCACCACAGUCCGUGCCCCCAUCUCCACCACCACCUUCCCCCACCACCUACAACUGCCCCAAGUCCCCGACUCCAAGAGUCUAUGGGACGAUUAAGCCCGCGUUCAAUCCGAAUUCCGCUGCCAAGGUGUCUCCUGCCACUAGGUCCGACACAGUGGCCACCAUGAUGAGGGAAAAGGGGAUGUUCUACAGGAGAGAGCUGGACCGCUACUCCCUGGACUCUGAAGACCUCUACAGUCGGAAUGCCGCUCCCCAGGCCACCUUCCGCACCAAGCGGGGCCAGAUGCCUGAGAACCCAUACUCAGAGGUAGGGAAGAUCGCAAGCAAGGCAGUCUACGUGCCCGCCAAGCCUGCCAGGCGGAAGGGCAUGCUGGUGAAGCAGUCCAACGUGGAGGACAGCCCCGAGAAGACGUGCUCCAUCCCCAUCCCUACCAUCAUCGUCAAGGAGCCCUCUACCAGCAGCAGCGGCAAGAGCAGCCAAGGCAGCAGCAUGGAAAUUGACCCCCAGGCCACAGAGCCACCGGGCCAGCUGCGGCCUGAUGACAGCUUGACCGUCAGCAGCCCCUUUGCCGCUGCCAUUGCCGGGGCUGUCCGUGACCGGGAGAAGCGGCUAGAAGCCAGGAGGAACUCCCCAGCCUUCCUCUCCACCGACCUAGGGGAUGAGGAUGUGGGUCUGGGCCCGCCCGUGCCCCGGGUACGGCCCUCCAAGUUCCCUGAGGAGGGUGGGUUUGGCGAUGAGGAUGACUCGGAGCAGCUGGCGUCACCCACACCAGGAGCAGCGUCAAGGGAGCCAGAAAACCACUUCAUGGGCGGUGGUGAGGCUACUGCUCAGGGAGAGGCUGGGAGGCCCCUGAAUUCUGCAUCCAAAGCCAAGGGGCCUGAGGGCAGCCCAGCAGCACCCCCCAAGAGCAGCAGCACAGCCAGCCCUGAGAAUUAUGUCCAUCCGCUCACUGGACGGCUGCUUGAUCCCAGCUCCCCGCUGGCGCUGGCGCUGUCUGCAAGGGACCGAGCCAUGAAGGAGUCCCAGCAAGGGCCCAAGGGGGAAGCCCCCAAGGCUGACCUCAACAAACCUCUCUACAUCGAUACCAAAAUGCGGCCCAGCGUGGAAGCUGGCUUCCCUCCAGUCACCAGGCAGAAUACCCGCGGGCCCUUGCGGCGGCAGGAGACAGAAAACAAGUACGAGCUGGACCUAAGCAAGGACCGGAGAGGUGAGGACAAGAAGAACAUGCUGAUCAACAUCAUGGACACGGCGCAGCAAAAGUCAGCCGGCCUGCUGAUGGUGCAUACCGUGGACGCCACCAAGACAGGCGGGCCCCUGGAAGAGGAAGAGGAAAGAGAGGACGUGGACAUGAAGCCAGACCACUUGCCCUCCACAGUGCCAGAAGGCGUUUCCGAAACCGAAGGUGCUUUACAGAUCUCCGCUGCCCCCGAGCCCACCGCCACUCCUGGCAGGACCAUUGUGGCGGCAGGCUCCAUGGAAGAGGCGGUGGCUCUGCCAUUCCGCAUCCCUCCUCCCCCUCUGGCAUCCGUGGACUUGGAUGAGGAUUUUAUUUUUACAGAGCCGUUGCCUCCUCCCCUGGAAUUUGCAAAUAGUUUUGAUAUCCCCGAUGACCGCGCUGCUUCUGUUCCCACUCUCACUGACUUGGCAAAGCAGAAGAAAAGUGACACACCCCCCUCCCCUUCGUGGAACUCUGGCCAGCCAGCCAGCUCCACAGAUAGCAAGAAGCCAGCCAGCCUCUCAAACUGUCUGCCCACCUCGUUCCUGCCACCCCCCGAGAGCUUUGACACAGUCACUGACUCCGGGAUCGAGGAGGUGGACAGCCGGAGCAGCAGUGACCACCAUCUCGAGACCACCAGCACCAUCUCCACCGUGUCCAGCAUCUCUACCCUGUCCUCUGAAGGCGGGGAGAGCGUGGACACCUGCACGGUCUAUGCAGACGGGCAGGCGUUUGUGGUCGACAAGCCCCCCGUACCUCCGAAGCCAAAAAUGAAGCCCAUAAUUCAUAAAAGCAACGCACUUUAUCAAGAUGCACUCCUAGAAGAGGAUGUGGUAGACAGCUUUGUCAUUCCCCCACCUGCGCCCCCACCCCCACCAGGCGGUACCCAGCCCGGGAUGGCCAAGGGCAUCCAGCCAAGGACUUCCAAGUUGUGGGGUGAUAUCACGGAGGUCAAAAGCCCGAUUCUCUCCGGCCCAAAAGCAAAUGUCAUUAGUGAAUUGAACUCAAUCCUACAACAAAUGAACCGAGAGAAAUCAGCAAAGCCAGGGGAAGGACUGGAUUCACCGGCGGGAGCCAAGUCUACCAGCCUCCCUCCCAGAAGCCCGGAGGUCAUGAGCACCGUCUCAGGUACACGGAGCACGACGGUCACAUUCACUGUCCGCCCUGGCACCUCCCAGCCCAUCACCCUGCAGAGCCGGCCCCCUGACUAUGAAAGUAGGACCUCAGGAACAAGACGUGCCCCCAGCCCUGUGGUCUCACCAACAGAGAUGAGCAAAGAUAUUCUGCCCACCCCUCUGUCUGCUGCCGCUGCAUCUCCUUCUCCCACACUCUCAGAUGUCUUUAGCCUUCCAGGCCAGCCCCCUGUUGGGGACCUAUUUGGCUUGAACCCAGCAGGCCGCAGCAGGUCGCCAUCUCCCUCAAUACUCCAACAGCCAAUCUCAAAUAAGCCUUUUACAACUAAACCUGUCCACCUAUGGACUAAACCAGACGUGGCAGAUUGGCUGGAAAGUCUGAACUUGGGUGAACACAAAGAGACCUUCAUGGACAAUGAGAUCGAUGGCAGUCACUUACCGAACCUUCAGAAGGAAGACCUGAUAGAUCUGGGGGUGACUCGUGUUGGGCACAGAAUGAACAUAGAAAGGGCUUUGAAACAGCUCCUAGACAGAUAAGGACGGCUGCUCCUUCCCUCUAUAGACUUCUUGUUAUAAGUAGAGAUGGGCUUAUGCUGAAGUAUCUGAUGGCAAGCAGAGUCUGUGAGCGCCAACCCCAUUCCACGGGUUUGUCUCCAAGUACCCAAAGAAAUGCUGAGAGCAGCCACAGAGUGACUGAGCCAAGGCCUUGGAACCCCAGCUCUCCACAUGGGUUUCUCGGGUGGCUUCUGUCCAACAGAGUAUGGGGAGGGGGGUUUUCUAACAUGGAUACAGAUUCCCAGCCUGCUUCCCAGCAUGCAGGUGACCCCGCUUUGCUGGGCCCAAGCGGCUCCCAUCGAUUUCACAGGGGAUCCUUGCUCUUGUAGGCAGACAUCAAUGUACUCCAGAUACCUCCUGAGACCUCCCUGCUCUGCUUUCUGGGCAGCUCUCACCAUGCAGGUCCCAACACAAGCCUUUCCUCCAGCCUGUGGCCUCCUGGAGGAUGCCCAGUGCCCAUCUGCUCCUGUCUCUUUCCUGUACUUGCUUCAGUGCGAUGCUCCCAGACGGGCUCAUUCAGGGCCCUUCCUGGGCCUGAAAGGUAGACAGUGGCUUUUCCUGGCUGGAUCACUUCCCCCGUCUCCUCCUGUGUUGUGCGCCCAUGGUUCUUAGCCAUGAAGUCCUCGGCAGUGGUAGGCGUUUGAAAUGGGAUCGUGCCUGGCUUUGCUUAGCUUUCUUUCUUUCUUUCUGCAAAUAUUAGCAUAAUUCCAAGGUGGCCAAACAGAUGUCACAUGGAGUUAGUCAAAGCACAAGGUCACGAUCCCAAGGAGGGGAGCCCUGGCCAUGGGAACCAGCCAUUGUGCAGUUUCCUGGGCCCAGGGCCUCUUCUGAGACAAGAGCAACUACUGCCAGGAACAUCUGCCCAGGAUGGAGAGGGGUCCUCUGCCUCUCAGGAUUCUUUUUAAUUAAAGGCCUGUUGAGCUCUGCAAAGAUCAGAGCAGGUGAGCAUCCACUUCAACAUGAAGGACAAGAAGACAACGUGGUCAUUGGUGGAGCUGUGUGACCUCAGGCUGAACCCAGCUGAAGGAAACACCUCCGCCAGGAUGGCCCUUCUGCUCACAGAUACCAGGGAAGGUGGUACUUAGGGGCUUCUCCCCCUUCACUCCGGAUAUCCGGGAAUCCCACCAGCUUGUCUUAAUAGUACAACAGGGUCUUGGAGGACCCCAUGGGCAGGGAGUACAGACAGGACCCAGGGCAGAGAACAGAAGGUAGGCUUCAGGAUGCAGGUGAAUGAGAACAGGAACAAGGCAGGAUGGUGGCCCCAGACGAUGGCCUGGCUUCCUGAGCCUGUACCCCUCUUGCCCCGAGUCCCUCCUUCCAGAAAUGAUACCUCUGAUGUCCAAGGGAGGUCACCAGUUGCACACAGGCUGAAAAACAUCAAGUCAGGCUUCUCGCACCUUCUCCCAAGUGUGGAGAAAAUGCAAAUGUCAGGUGUGUGGUUUCAUUAUGAUUUUAGAACUAGCCCAGCCCAUCUCUAAUUAUAAAACACCUUUUUUCCUUUUUUUCUUUAUGCUCACGACCAUGUGUCUGAUGAGGUCUGAAACAACUCUAGAAUGAACACAUAAAAUUUAGCAAUUUAAAAUCUUUCUUUACUGCAAGUUUAAAUAGGUGUACAGAUAGUUUAUAAGCACAAUAUUUUAAGAAAAAAAAAGUGGCUGGUCUACUAGGCAGCCUUUGUGCUACUUCAGUGCUAGAAAGUUAAAGAAAAAAAAAACUUUUGUGAUUUAAUGAUACUAUUUCUGUGGAAUAAUUAUACAAGUAUGACCUUUUUAAAUCAACCUUAUCUGGAUGCAUCUGAACCAGCAGAGCUGUGUUAUAUUUUCUAUCUUUGCUAGAACUUCUUCAUUGAAAGACAAUUAUUUCUUCAAAAGUCAUUACAAUUCACAAUGCAGCAGUUUCUCCAAAAAUAAAACCAAAAUACACACCCCACACACGCACAUCCUUGAUUUGGAAAGCCAAUAUUUGGAUCACGUCUGUUCCAAAACCAUUUGCAGGUCAAUCUUCCUAUCUGAAUGACCCAAUCCAGUGGAAUUAAUUGAACACUAAGGCGCUUUGCUUCAUGUACUUUCUGUUCCCCACGAUGUCAUAAACAAGCAUUACUCUAGAAAAAGGUACCACAGGCGGCUGUAUUCCAGAAAAUGUAAAACUAGUGGUUCUGCCAUUAAUUUGUCUUCCAUUCAGUGAUUUUUGCGAAAUUUCUCAGUAUACCACUUCACCAGGCUCUUUUCCUUUGCCUACAGUUGGCAUUACCUCUACACACAGUGCCAGGAAGAAUGCUAGACAGGGGACUGGUGGCCUGGGGCCUACUGACCCAGGCAGCCAGGCAGCCAGAGCAGCUACCACCCCCCCCCUUAACGAAACUUUAAGCCACAUGCCACUAACCAAAAGCAAGCUGACCGACCGAAAGCCUCCAGAGCUGACGAAGUCUUCACGCUGUCUUAUCAUCGAAUAGCGGUAGGAUGCAUCAGAACCUGCCUUGGCCAACACCACACACCGGUGUUGCCGAGAAGAGUCUACUGGGGCUCUGCUGGAUGGUUUUGCUACAGAAAGCAAUAGUCCCUGCUCAAAUUGCCAUCCACUGUUCUCCCUGUGGGACACGUCAGGAUCAGGCCCUAUCCCAGGCCCCUCUUUAAUGGUGGAACAAAUGUUUAAACUGCUCAUAUAAUGAUCACAUUACUAUUACUCCAGGUUUUAAGAACAACUUUUGUUAUAUACUGUAAUUUAAGCAAACUGCAAUUACAUGCCUAGUUUCUGUAAUAUUGUGUAUACAAAACCAAAAUCUCUCAAGAUGUAAAUUAUAUAUAUCUGCCAAGAUACCUUCUCCAGGGCGUCUGUGCACAUUUUAAGUUAAUUCAUAUAAUAUAAAAUUGAUUCAAUGUGACUGUUGAUUUGCUGAAUUUUACAUAUCACAAAGUGAAUUAUUUGUGGUACUUUAGUUAAUAAAACUAACUUUUUUCUGAGUUAUUGGACAAGCAAACAUCCAGUUGAUCUGGCAAUGACUUUUUUGUGUGGGGGCCACAUAUAUUGAUUUUAUUUCCCAUUAACAAUUUGUUUUUGUUUUUUAAAUACUAAUAUGUUUCACACUAUAGUUUCUGUAACACACGUUCGCAUAUCUCUGUUGCUGUUCCUGUUGUGCUUUUAUUCUUUUUAGACUUUAUUAAAAAACAAGAAAACAAAAAAAGCUCCUGUAAUUUGCACUUUCUCCCAAUCCUCAAAUCUCUUGUAUGGCAACCAAAAUUACUGUAAAAAAAAAAAAAUAAAUAUACUCUUGCACUAAGGUUGUGGUUCUGAUUGCAAACAGUGAAAUCUCAAUU